UCGUCACUGUGAGAGUAACAUUGUGUCUAGUUGUGAUACUUUAUUACUACAGGUAUUUGAUUCACCUGCAGUGAGUGGUACAGCUGCCCGGGUACACUCACCCCUGCAUCUCAUACACACACUGACAUUACAUACAUAACACACACCCGACUGCAUAUACAUAACACAUACCCCCUGCAGCUUAUACACACACUGACAUUACAUACAUAACAUACACCCGACUGCAUAUACAUAACACAUAGCCCCUGCAGCUCAUACACACACUGACAUUACAUACAUAACAUACACCCGACUGCAUAUACAUAACACAUAGCCCCUGCAGCUCAUACACACACUGACAUUACAUACAUAACAUACACCCGACUGAGUGACUGCACAUACAUAACACAUACCCUCUGCAGCUCAUACACACACACUGACAUUACAUACAUAACUCAUAUAGUUGUCUGACUGCCAUAUACACACAACAGACCCACUACACAUAUAUAACACAGACAGACAUAACACACAGUCCCUGCUGCUCAAACACACACACUGACAUUACUUAUAUAACACACCUGUCUGUGCAUACUUAACACACAGCCACUUCAGCUCUCUCACACACUGACAUUACAUACAUGAAACACAGAACACAUAUAGUUUUCUGAUAGCACAUAAAUAACACACAGUUAUCUGAUAGCACAUACAUAACACACAGCUGACAGUACACAUACAUCUGACACGAUACACAGUGGCAGUUACACUUUAUCUAGCUGUGACACUAUAUGUGAUACAGCUGCCCAGCUACAUAACCUGCAUUACAGACCCAGAGCACACACAUACAGCUGACAACACACUGAUACCAAACACAGCUAACACACAUAACAAUAACAUCAUCAGAAGUUCAGAAACUCACAGAUAUGUAUUACUGCAAUGGUGAUAACUGCAACCAGACCGACAACGCCAAGGAUAAAGGACAUCCACGAAAUCUGAUCCCAGAACUGUGCAGACAGUUCUAUAACUUGGGUUGGGUGACUGGUACCGGCGGGGGGAUCAGUCUGAAGUAUGGGGAAGAAAUCUAUAUUGCACCUUCAGGGGUUCAGAAGGAACGAAUUCAGCCAGAUGAUCUGUUUGUUUGUGACAUUGAUGAGCGUGAUAUCUGCUGCCCACCUCCUUACAAAAACUUGAAGAAGAGCCAGUGCACGCCUCUUUUUAUGAACGCCUACACUAUGAGAGGGGCAGGCGCUGUGAUCCACACUCACUCUAAGGCCGCAGUUAUGGCUACAUUGCUCUUCCCAGGGAAGGAAUUCCGCAUCACACACCAGGAAAUGAUCAAAGGGAUCAGAAAGUGCAGCUCUGGCGGGUAUUACAGAUACGACGACCUCCUCGUGGUUCCUAUUGUGGAGAAUACUCCUGAGGAGAGAGACCUGAAGGAUCGUAUGGCUAGAGCCAUGACCGAGUACCCCGACUCCUGCGCCGUACUGGUCAGGCGACAUGGGGUUUACGUCUGGGGAGAUUCAUGGGAGAAAGCGAAAACCAUGUGUGAGUGUUAUGAUUACCUCUUUGAUAUCGCAGUGCAAAUGAAGCAGCAUGGUCUGGAUCCAUCAUCUCUUCCAAUGGAAGACAAGGGAAUCUGUUAAGCACUCAAAGUUGGAAUCACAUGGAUGCUAGAACUGGAAAAAUGUGCACAGAUACUAUAAUUAACCAUUGGAUGUCUCCUCCUGCCUGCUGUUCGUCUGUUUCUGUAAUGUCCUUAUUGCCUGUGGCAGUUCCCUGGUUAUACCGCUGUAUAAAUGUCCUGGUCACAGUAACGUGCGGCUGUGUUUUCAUUGUAGCACAGGAAACAACAAAUAUAUCCAAGACAACAGUUAGCAAGAAGAUUGAGGUUCCAGUCACACGCUUCUUAGGAAUACAAGGUUAUAAUUUGCGGAUUUUUCAAGCCCUGUUGUAGUGAUUCUUUUAAUUGUAAGAACUGGUCUCUGAAAGUUUAAGGAUGCUCUAGGAAUGAGGGAAACUUUCAUCGAACAGGUCAGUUUACACCGUGCCUGAGGAUGCCAUGGUCUGUGGAGUUCUGUCAUUGCCUCGGGCACCAGCCUGUUAUCGGAGAACCUGGAACCAAAAUACUUACAGAUACUCACCUGGGGUUGUUUGUAGGGGCUCUAGACAGCACACAUCUGCCGUUGUCUUCUCAUAAAGGGUCAUAUUUUCUAAAGCUCUCUGCUCUGGUGAGGCUAUCUAAUAAAUCCUGUAGGUACUGUGA